AUGAGUGAUAUUCUUAGCAGAGGUGCUAAAUUAUUUGACGAUUCUCCAGAAUACGAUUAUAAUCAUGCAACUGACUCCGAAUAUAAAAGAUUAAGAGCUGAAGCUGAUAAAUUAUAUAAACACAGAAAUCAAUUAAGUCAACAAUCUCAACAAGCUUAUAAACAAGGAGAUGGUCAAAAAGCUCAUGAAUUAAGUGAAGAACUGAAAAGUGUAUUGGCCCAAGCUGAGCAAGCUAAUAGAAAAGCUGCUGAAUAUGUUUUUAGAGAAAAUAAUACUGAUUCGGCUUAUGAUGAAAUUGAUUUACAUGGAUUAUACGUUAAAGAAGCUGAAUAUGUUUUACAGAAUAGAAUAAGUCAAGCUAUUAAAACAAACCAAAAUCAUCUUAAAGUUAUCGUUGGUAAAGGUUUACACUCUCAAAAUGGUAUUGCAAAAAUAAAACCCGCAGUUGAUCAAUUAUGCGAUGAAAGUGGUUUAAAACAUUAUAUAGAUCCAAAAAAUUCUGGUGUAUUAGUUAUUGAUUUACAAAAUACAAACUCAAAUCAAAUACCAUCACAUUGGGAUAAUAUUAAUCAACCACAUCAAGCGUAUCACGGAUCUAAUCAACCUCAAUACCAACAACAACAGGCACAUUAUCAAAAUCAACAGCACUAUCAACAACAACAACAACAACAACACAACAACAAUCAAGGACAGAAUAUUAAGACCGGUAAUCAAUUUAUUGAUUUGGCAAUUAAAGCUAUUUGCUUUUGUAUUAAUCGUCAGAAUAAAAUUAAUUAG